UUUAAAAGGGAAGUCUUGACCCUGCCCUGCCAGCGGCUGUUCGGCAGAAGGCUAAAUCGGUUUCUGAAAAUCUUGAAGCAUAAUGCCGAGUGAAUCUCUGGUGGUUUGUGAUGUUGCUGAAGACCUGGUGGAGAAACUGAGAAAAUUCCGGUUUCGUAAAGAAACCAACAAUGCUGCCAUUAUAAUGAAAAUCGACAAGGAUAAGCAGUUGGUGGUACUGGAUGAGGAGCAUGAGGGUAUUUCUCCCGAUGAGCUAAAAGAUGAGCUGCCUGAGAGACAACCUCGAUUUAUUGUGUAUAGUUACAAGUAUCAGCAUGAUGAUGGAAGAGUUUCUUAUCCAUUGUGCUUUAUCUUCUCCAGUCCAGUUGGAUGUAAGCCUGAACAGCAGAUGAUGUAUGCUGGAAGCAAGAAUAAGCUUGUACAGACAGCUGAACUCACUAAGGUAUUUGAAAUAAGAAAUACAGAAGACCUAACUGAAGAAUGGCUGCGUGAGAAACUGGGCUUCUUCCAUUAAGAAAACCUCUGUAAUAAGUAUUUAUGUACCAUCCUGAUAAUACUGGAACCAGACAUGAAUACUUACAUCUAAAAAAUGCACUGUAUUUACAUCUGUCUCCUGCAGUAUAUCUUUUGUGCAAAGUUUGUGCAAAGAAUAGCAGGUCUGUCUCCUUGAAGUAACAAAUCUUUGCAGGUGUUUCCUUAUUUGUACCUGUUAAAAGGGAAUAUUCCUCUGCAGGGACUCCUUUUGCACUCUUGUGACUAAUAUUUCUAUAACUAAAAUAGUUCAGUUUUGGAUUUAUAACUAUCUACAAACAUAAUUUGGAAGCUGACGCUAACUUUUUCUGAGCUACAAAUGCAUCUUUAUGACAUAUACUAGCCAUUUAUAUGCAGAAAUUGUGUACUGUCACUUACUUCUCAGACUUUUUGACAUAAUGUCUUCUCAAUUUUGAAAACUACUCCCUGGAAGCAUUUAGUAUUCAAAAGACAAAAUCCUCGUACAGCAAAUCCAUCCAUUUAUCUUUCCAUCGAGUCCAUGUGAACUUUCUUAAAUUCUUGGAACUAAUUCUUGUCAUUCCAGUAAUUCCUCAGUUGACUGAGUCAAUCUUACUAAAUUUCAGGGCAAAGCUUUGACUGUCCAGUUCUUAUGCUAAUAUAGUCUUACAGGAACUAGGUGAUAACUAAGGGCUGAAUUACAACUCUGGUUACUCUUGUACCAGAUGUCUUGCAUAUAUAACUAACUACACUGUUAAGAAGUUUACCUCUGCUCGUUUCCUGUUAUACAAACACCUGUUAAUACUGUGUGCCUUUAAUUUGUUAGCUUUAAAAUGACUUGAGAAUUUUACACUGCCACUUAUUACAAAUUUGGUAAAAACUUUGUUAAAGAAUCCAAGUAACAUUUUUUCCUAGUGCCUAGUGUUGCAGUUGACAUCUGUAAAGAAAAAAAAGCUAACCUCAUUAUCUUUGAAAUUCCAGUCAUCUACUCCAUUUGUAGGAGUCAGGAGGUUAAAGAUUUUCAUGAUAAUGAAUGAUUUAUAUCUCUUUUGUUAUGAAAGUUGGCCACACAUAGCUUUUGAGUACUUUAAUUACAGUCUCUACCUUUAACUGCUUGUUGGUCAAAAUUACAUUCCAGAUAAAGCUUUUGCAUAAGUGAUAAUUUGAUUUUCAUUUACUUACGGUUCAUCUCUUUGAAACAGCAGAUAUUCUAAUGUGAAAAUAGUAUUUAACUUUUAUAAAUGACCAGUCUUUUUACAGGUCUGUUUUAUAUUCAAUAGAGUAGUUGUCUGAUAUGGGACAUGUUCAGCCCAUGCAGUGGCAAAAGGAGUACUCAUGUGACAGUAUCUCACUAUCUUGCUCAUGAGUGUUUGUUGUGCUACUGAAGAAGUAUCUGCGUAAGAGCAGCUUCCUGUUGAUAAUGUACCUUAAAAUACAGCUGCCCUAACAAAUCUGUUUGGUGAGAAGGAAUGCAGUGUUAAAUUUGGAGGCCAGUAUUUCAUGCUGUGAAACCUUUGCUGAAAGAAGGUUUAUUUUUCAUUUGUAAACAUAUGUUGUGUUAGUGUUAAAACACUAAUUCCUCUAAGAUCACAAGGAAUUCAUUUGCAAAGGUCCUCAGUGUUCGUAAAUCUCUUCUUAGUUUGAUGUUACUGCUCAUUUAUUUGUAUACAAAUCUGACUCGAGAGGAGCUUUUCAAAAUACAUGUUAGAAUGAUCCAAUUAAAUUGAUCUUUCAGUGUGGAAAAGAAAUGCUUGUAAAUUAAAAUUAAAUUUCUGUGUUAAUGUAGUGAACUGGAAAAACAAUUUCAUUUCCCUGGACAAAAAAAUGUUGAUUAUGAAACUGUUGCUUGAUCAUUCUGUACUACAGAUCAAUAAAAACAAUGUCUGUUGUGA